AUGGCCGACCGUAAUGUUGAGUUGCAGACAACGCUGGUGCGAUACAACAAUCCGGUGCUGAUCGUGAAACACGUCGAGAAGCGGGAACCAACCGGAGAUGGUGGCGCCCCGAAGGAGCAAGCGGGCCGACCCGGAUCGGGCGGUGCCGUGGUCGUGGACAGUCCGCGCGAAACGGAAGAAAUCCUGAACUGCAUACUGCCCCCGAAAACGUGGGAAGAAGAUGGUCAGCUGUGGACGCAAACGGUCUCCAGCACGCCGGCCACCCGUCAAGACGUGAUCAACCUACAGGAAAUGCUGGACACGCGCUUGCAGCAAACGCAGGCCCGUGAAACGGGUAUCUGUCCGGUGAGGCGCGAACUCUACACGCAGUGCUUCGACGAGCUCAUCCGCCAGGUCACGAUCAACUGCACCGAACGUGGUUUGCUGUUGCUGCGCGUGCGGGACGAGAUCGCCAUGUCGCUCGAGGCCUACGAGACGCUCUAUUGCUCGUCGGUCUCGUUUGGUAUCCGGAAGGCAUUACAGGCGCAGGAAGGCAAGGAGAAACUCCAGGAACAGAUCCAGCUCCUCGAGCAGGAAAAGGAAGCACUGCAAAAUUCCAUUAGUGACAUGAAGAUCAAGGCGGAUCAGGCCGAUCGACGGAAUGCGGAGUUGCGCGCAUCGGAGGAGAAGAAACAUUCGGAGGAGAUUGCGUUCCUGAAGAAGACCAACGCUCAACUAAAGGCCCAACUGGAAGGAAUUAUUGCACCGAAGAAGUAA